AACAGGCAAUCGCCAGCACGGUAGCAUUUGGACAAGAGUAUGCGAUAAAAAGUGUGCAAUAUGAAUCUUUCCGCAGAAGUAAACUGCGAAGCAUUAUCUUAGUUCUUCUAAAAUCAAAUGUGAUCAAUGUUUGCAAUAUACACCAAAUCAGUAACACAGUAGAAACAGCAUAGAUAGCAUUUUGGAACCUGCGUCAGUAUGUUUUCACUCACCACAUCCCACCUGUAUACUUUUCUCACCUCACCGACCACCUCCCAAAACAGCCUCCCUCAUACCAACACCCACACCACCAAAUCCAAUCCACACACAGAACCAAGAUGACUAGCGCCACAAACAACCGUCUAACAACCUCCAUCACCACCACCGAAGCCGACCAAAUGGCCUCCCUGCAUCUCAUAGCAGACAGCAUCGCUCAACAACGCCAACUCGCCGCCCGCUCCAUGCUCACCCACCCAGCCAUGCUCUCCUGCCUUACCUUUUCCCUCAUCAUAACCUACUUCUUCACUCGCGCACUCAGCACCACCUCAUCUUCCGGAGAAGGAGACGAUACCUGCCCGUACCUUCUACUAAUCACCUGGCCCGCCUGCAUCAUGGUGUAUCUCCUCGCCGCAGCACACACGACACAUCCGUACCUAGAGAAAGCAGGCCGUACGGGGACCUGGGUGUGGUUGUGGAGGGGAGGGACGAGGUAUAAGCAUCGGCGGAGAGAGCAAUCACGUUCACCAUCUCGAUCUUCGUCUUCUACAUCUAAAGUGGGAGGAGAUGAUACCCCCGUGCAGAAAGAUCACAGCGGAAGAUACGAAGAAGACGAGGAAAAAGAAGGAGAUGUUAUGCUCGUAACGAAAUACCAAAACCGGGUGAUCGGCACGCUCGUCCUGCGGAUCAUACACACUGAGGAGGAACUCUGGGGCCAUGUGCGGGAUGCGGUGGUAAGGGAACAGCUUUAUCAGCAGUAUACCCCUUCAACUCCAGGAACAGGGUCCUGCCAGCCAGUCGUCGGCGUCAUUAGAGCUUGGACUGUGCAGCAACAUCUUCGGGGAAUCGGGGUGGGGAAGAAUCUAUUGGAGAAUGCGGUUCGGAUUUGUCGGGAGCGGGGGGUGAACGGGCCUGUAUUUUCGGAUUGUCAUGCGAAUGAGGUGCUCGGGUUGCCGGUUGUGUGUAAUGGGGAGUUGCUGAGGAGGGAGAGGUGGGCGAGGGAGGUGUUCGAGAGGGUGAAGAGGGAGGUCGAUGAUGCAGUUGGUGUUUAAGGGGUGAUGGUGCAGGUACCCAUGGGGUGAUGUGAUGUGUGUAGUGCAGUGCAGUGCAGAUGCAUUACACAAUACGGGGUACUUUGCAUUUAACCAUGAGUAUGACGUGAAUGUCACAAGGAGACGGAUGGAAAGAAUGGAAUGAAUGGAAUGGAAUGGAAUGGAUGAUGAAU